AUGGGCAAACUCCUGUCUCUCGGCGCGCGCCUGCGCUAUCCCAUUACUAUCACGAAGCUUCUCAAAUCCAAAGGCGACACCAUAAAAAAACAGGAGCCCGUCCUAGAAUAUUCUUUCAAGUUCAUGAAGGAAGUCGGCGACCAGUUCUCCGACAACCUCCACCAGGAAGAACAAACCGCCAUCAGCGAAUGGGCCAGCCCGGUCGAUGGCAACUUUGAGAGAUGGCGUCUCCGUGAGGGCGACGUUAUAGUUCGCGAUAUGCCCUGCAUGGAGGUCGAAGAGCCUUGCGACCAUGCCAUCCAAUUCCACGGCCUCUGCGCCGUCUGCGGUCAGGACAUGACGGAGGUCAACUGGGCCAGCGACCAGAUCGACACGGACCGCGCUACGGUCAACAUGACCCACGACCAGACUGGACUCAUGGUUAGCAACGAUAUGGCCGCUCGUGCCGAACAUGAUGCCCAAAGACGUCUCCUACGUCAGCGCAAGCUGAGUCUUGUCGUCGAUCUCGAUCAGACCAUCAUUCAUGCCUGCAUUGAACCCACUGUGGGCGAGUGGAUGAACGACCCCGAAAACCCGAAUUACGACGCUGUCAAAGACGUGGAGAAGUUCCAACUAAACGACGAAGGCCCCCGCGGUGUCACACAGGGAUGCUGGUACUAUAUCAAGAUGCGCCCAGGGCUCAGGGAGUUUCUCGAGAAGGUGGCAGAGCUAUACGAGCUGCAUGUCUACACCAUGGGCACGCGCGCUUACGCUCUCAAUAUUGCCAAGAUUGUUGACCCCCAGCAGAAGCUCUUCGGCAACCGCGUCAUCAGCCGUGACGAGAACGGCAGCAUCACAUCGAAGAGCCUUCAGCGCCUUUUCCCCGUCAGCACGAAUAUGGUUGUCAUCAUUGACGACCGCGCCGACGUCUGGCCGCGCAACCGCCCCAACCUCAUCAAAGUGGUACCCUAUGACUUCUUCAAGGGCAUCGGCGACAUCAACUCGAGUUUCCUCCCUAAGCGGAGGGAUAUUCUUCCCGCACCCGCCGACGUGCCCAACGGUAAAACGGCCGCCAACGCGUCACCCAACGUCACACCCGAACAAGCCCAACCCCAUACGCCAGCCAAACCAUCUGCGCUCGACGAGCUCGUCAGCAUGUCGAGCGGCAACGACAAAAAGCUUCAGGCCGAACAGACGGAAGAGCAAGAGCGUUCGCUGGAGCAUCAGAUCACGGAUCGCCCUCUCGCGCACAUGCAAGAAGUUCUUGAUAAGGAAAAGGAAGAGAAGGAAAAGGCAGCACCUGAAGAGGACAAUGAACCCAUUCACCGUGGUCAGGUUCUCCGUGAUGACGACGAGGAGCUCCAGUUCUUGCAGUCGCACUUGACGCGUCUCCACGGCGAUUUCUUCGAGAUAUACGACGCGCGCCGUGCUUCUCGGAGGGAGUCGCCCCCGAGGCAAGCACCAUCCCACGACAAGCCCCGCAAAGCGUCAUACGAUGACGGCGUCGACUUGUCCAUGGUGCCCGACGUCGGAGAGGUACUCGACGACCUCAAGGCCAAGGUGCUGCAGGAUACCGUGAUUGUGCUGUCUGGCUUGGUGCCGCUCGGCAUCGACGUCACUCAGUCUGAGAUUGGCCUCCAGGCUAUGAGUUAUGGCGCCGAGAUCCAGACGAAGGUGUCUAGGAGAGUUACUCACCUCGUCGUGGCAGCGGCGCGAACCGGGACGCAGAAGGUCAAGCAGGCGUCGCGCAUCUCCAGUAUCAAGAUUGUCAACCAAAAUUGGCUGUCUGACUGUUUGAGCCAGUGGAAGCACGUCGAUGAGGCACCAUAUCUCGUCGACGUUGAGCCACACCAGCGUAGGCACAACGGGACGGCUGAGGACACAGCAUCUGAAGACGGCCGGCCGACGCUGCGAUUGCUGGGCUUGGACGGCGAAGAGCAGAUUUUGGAGGACGACUCGGACGACGGCGAAGAAGACUUUGCACCCGAUGACAACGGCCCCAUGAGUCCCAUUGAGACACUCGAAGGCUUCAACUGGGGAAGCGUCGACGAUGAGCUCAAUGAGUUUAUGGCCGGCGACAGCGACUCUGAGGGGACGGACGGGGAGUCCCGCGCUGACGACGAAGAUGGCGACAGCUCGGACGCUGAGUCUACCUCGCAUUCGGGCACCAAACGGAAAGCCGAGGACACCGAAGACGAGUCGGAGGAUGGCUCCGCCCUCGCGAAGCGCCAGCGAGUCGCAAAAGACCGCGGCGCCUCCAAGCUCAGUGCCGUCCGCACUUCAGGCGGCAGCGGUACCGGAGAAGAGACGGCCGAGUCUAGCAGCUUGCCUACACCGCAGGUCACAGGCGACGAGGACAAUCUUGCAUACACCAAUGGAGCCAGUCAGGCCGCGAGCCAGGCCGACACCGAUGACCUCGACCUCGAGGCAGCCAUGGAAGCCGAGAUGGAGAAGGAACUGGCCGCUGCCGCUGGCUAG